GCGGGCAGCAGACAGAGGGAUGGUCUCGCGCUCGGCGGCGGGCAGCAGCAGGUCAUGUUGUCCGCGCGGCUGGAGACCUGCCCGCGUGUCACCUUCAGCGGAGCGGGAACUGCGGCGAAUCUGGCUCGAGGACCCCAGGCGAGGAUGGGCGGGGAGGCGUGUCCCCACAAGCUGGGCUCCACCAACCACCUUCGGCUUCUCCUCUACAUCCUGAUUCCCACCGUGAGCCUGCUGGCCGGCCUCCUGCUGCUCGUCCUGGUCCUCACUGGUAUAUUUGGCAGCACUCACUUGGACCCCAGCCUCCUCCCCUCGCCCAAACCCAUCGCCGACAGCAACCCUGGUUACCACAGCAACAGCACAAGUGACCCCUACCCCGCCUCCUCAUUCACGGUGGAAACCGUCACGUAUUCGCCGCAGAACCGCAGCGAGAGCACACCUGCCGCCACCGGCGUUCCCCCGGUGACCUCUUCUCAGGCUCCGCCCACUCAGCCAUACACAACGCCCCCUGAUUGGCUUGGCUCUGUGACAUCGCUGAGCACCGCUUGGCCGAGCAGCGCCGCCUCUGCGCCCGACACAGGUAGCUGCCAGCUGAUCGUGGAGCCUCAGUGUCACAUGUUGCCCUACAAUCAGACGUGGCUGUCCUCCUCCGUCGCCGUGGUGAAGAGCUCAGAGGUCGACAUGUUGCUAAGGUUCUUCAGCUACCUCAGCAGACUCUCAUGCUACAGACACAUCAUGCUCUUCGGCUGCUCGCUGGCUCUGCCCGAGUGCAUCGCAGCUGACGGCACACACAACAGGACGGUCGUGUUGCCCUGCGCGUCGUUCUGCGAGGCGGCGAGAGAAGGCUGCGAGCCAGUCCUACAGAUGUUCAACGCCUCCUGGCCUGACUUCCUGCGCUGCUCCCAGUUCAGCAACACCACCUCUGCUUUGUCACCACCGUCACCACCGUCACUACCAUCAUCACCAUCAUCACCUUCGCCAACAGGUCUCCUCACGUCACCUGCCUGCUACACACCGCGGCAGAUUAAAGGGAAACCCUCCGUAUGUGGCGGGAAAGAUCAUUACUUGUGUGCGACUGGGAUUUGCAUCCCUCAGAAACUGGUGUGCAACGGCUACAACGACUGUGAUGACUGGAGCGACGAAACACACUGUGUGUGUGCAGAUGGCGAGUUUCACUGUAACACGGGUCGGUGUCUCUCGCCCGCUCUGGUGUGUGACGGCUAUGACGACUGUGGAGACCUGAGUGAUGAGCUCAACUGUGUGUGUGACGUGGCCCGGGAGCACCGGUGUGGUGAUGGGCGCUGCGUGUCCAGAGACUGGCUCUGCGACGGGGACCACGACUGUCUGGACAAGAGCGACGAACUCAACUGCUCUUGUAAGAGUCAGGGUCUGCUGGAGUGCAGGAACGGUCAGUGCAUUCCUUCUGCGUUUCGCUGCGACGGCGAGGACGACUGCAAAGACGGCAGCGAUGAAGACAACUGCACCGUAGACCAGAGUGAGCAAAAUCACACUAAAAGAAAUCUUCACUCUGCGCUCUGUGUCCCAGCUCGCUGUGAGCCAAUCAGCUUGGAGCUGUGUAUGAACCUGCCCUACAACCUCACCAGCUUCCCCAACUACCUGGGUCACCUGUCCCAGAGAGAGAGCUCCGUGUCCUGGGAGUCCUCUCUGUUCCCCGCUUUGGUCCAGACCGGCUGCUACCAGUACCUGAUGUUCUACGCCUGCACGCUGCUGGUACCGAAGUGUGACCCGGUCAGCCUGCAGAGGGUGCCGCCCUGCAGGUCGUUGUGUCGCAGUGCAAAGGAGAAGUGUGAGUCGGUGCUCAGCAUUGUGGGAUUGCAGUGGCCGGAAGACUCAGACUGCAGUCAGUUUCCAGAGGAGGGAGGAAACACAACCUGCCUGCUGCCAGAGGCCGGCGUCGACGAGUGCUCUCCGAGCCACUUCAAGUGCAGGUCGGGUCGCUGCGUGCUGGCAAGCAAACGCUGCGACGGACACCUGGACUGUGACGACCACAGCGACGAGGACAACUGCGGCUGCUCUGAGCGUGCUCUGUGGGAGUGUCCCGGCAGCACAGUCUGCAUUAAAGCCAGUAUGAUCUGUGAUGGGUUCCCAGACUGCCCCCAGCUGGUGGACGAGACCAACUGCUCGGUGUGCAGGGAUAACGAGCUCUCCUGUAACAACCACCAGUGUGUCCAUCGCACUCUGUGGUGUGAUGGAAAGAAGCACUGCUCAGACAGCUCCGACGAGUGGAACUGUGUGUCUCUGUCCGAUCGAUCGGGCUCUGUGCUGACGGUGUUUAAGACGGCGGCAGAGUAUCAGGUCUGUGCAGACGAGUGGACCGACGAGCUGAGCGAACUGACCUGCAACCAGCUGGGACUAGGGGUUCCCUCCUCUGUUUCCAGGGUGCCCGAUCAGCCCAGCGUCCAAGGCCGUCGACGCUGGUUACACGUCCACCCUGAGUGGCGCCAGAGGAACGGUUCUGCUCUGCAGGCCCGGCUGGAAAAGAGAAGUCAUGCGUGUCACUCCAGACAGAGAGUUUCAGUCCUGUGUACCAGAGAAGAGUGCGGUCUACGCCAGGCGGUGGGCCUUCACCCUCACAGGAAGAAGCGGAUUCUGGGUGGCCGGGUGUCCCGGCGGGGGGCGUGGCCCUGGCAGUGCUCGCUGCAGAGCGGUCAGAGCGGACACGUCUGCGGCUGCGUCCUCAUCGCCCGGAAGUGGGCUCUGACAGUCGCCCACUGCUUCGAGGGGAGAGAGAGUGCAGACCUGUGGAAGGUGGUGCUGGGCAUCAACAACCUGGACCACCCGGGAGGUCACAGUCAGAGCCGAGGGGUGCGCUCCAUCGUCGUGCACCCGCGCUACAACCGGGCGGUGGUGGACUACGACAUCAGUAUAGUGGAGCUGGACUCUGAGAUCGAGGAGACGGCCUUCGUCAGACCGGUGUGUCUGCCUCAGCCGGGCCAGCUGCCUUUACCCGACUCCUACUGUUACAUCACCGGCUGGGGUCACAUGGGCAACAGGAUGCCCUUUAAACUGCAGGAAGGGGAGGUCCGGAUCAUCUCUCUGUCUCAGUGUCAGUCCUACUUCGACAUGAAGACCAUCACUCCCAGAAUGCUUUGUGCCGGCUAUGAAGCUGGAACCGUCGACUCCUGCAUGGGCGACAGCGGCGGCCCACUGGUGUGCGAGGAGAGCAGCGGCCGCUGGACGCUGUUCGGCCUGACGUCGUGGGGCAGCGUGUGCUUCAGUAAAGUGCUCGGACCCGGGGUUUACAGCAACGUCACGCACUUCACCCCCUGGAUCCAACAGCAGAUCUACAUCCACACAUACCUGACCGACUGACACAUACGCUCACUCGCCCGACACUUCCUGCUCCAAGCUCUCGUUCAUUCCAGAAGGAAGUGAUGUCAUCGUCAGCCACAACACACGUUCGGUUCCUUAACCUGUGCCUAUACUGAUAGCUUCAGACGCUGUGUGAGCAGCUCGCUGAUGUUGUCGGUGAUUGAAAGCUACAUCCAUACAAUCACUGAACUCUGAUCGUAUUGUUUUUAUUACUCGACACAUUCACACCUACAAACAUCACAGAAACAAAAACCUCUGUGACGGUUAACCAACGCUCAGUGCUUCAUGCUGGACUUUACACUAAGAUACUUUUAAAUUAUGUAGUUCGAACCAAACAUUAAACUUCCCGGGCUGAAAAAAUGACGAAGCGUCAAAGACGGCAGUUCCUCUGCUGGGCUUCAUCUCAGCUAACUGAAGUCACAGGAAACACCCACUUUUCAAUUCAAUUUAUUUCAGUUCAACUUUGUUUAUAUAGAACCAAAUCACAACAACAGUUACAUCAAGAUGCUUUAUAUUGUAAGGUAAACAAACUUGAAUCCUGAGCAAUGAAACAGUAAACUCUGGUUAAACUCCAUCAUGAGACAUUCAGCAGUGGUUUCAUUUCACAGCAUUUUGCUUCUGUCACAAACUACAGACCUAACAACUGCUCAAAGUGAAACUGGUUAAAAAGAUGCUGCUCAAAACCUCUAGUUUGACCAGUUCAACCAGUCCAAGCCAAACAGAUUGCAAAGGUUGCAUCGAAGCUUGUCUGCAACUGCUCACCAAGCAGAAGGAAAACGUAGAAGUGUUUGACGCGCAGUCGGCGAGUAGUUGCAGGUUGGAGGUUGCGAACCAGCCUCCAGGCCUGAGUGAGGACUUAGAGCAGUAGUUCAAACUCAACGUUGUGAUGUUCAUGUGUAUCAGAUGGCACAUGGUCUGUUUCCAAGAACUCCAUAAACUUCUGGUUCAAACUUUAAAUCAGCAUUAAAGCAGAAAAACUCCAUUUCAGUCAUUUUCUCCGGCUACUUUGCCGGAAAUACUCCUCAAGGUUUCUGAAGAACGUUGUCUUAAGGAGGAGCUAAAACAGCUUGUUUCAGACAUAAGUUAAAGAAGGAUUAUUAUAAAGUGUGACUCAUGCACAGCUACUCUAGAAACAUCAAGGAAUACAUAUAUGGAGCUGGAAAUGAGCAGGAUAGAUUCACUUACUUACCUAACUCUUUAAUCCCUAUUUUAAAAAGUAUUUAAUAACAGCAAUUAACAGAUUAAUGAUAGUUUUGCAGCUGUGAUACAAAAUUGUGUUUGUGUUAAACAUCCUGUAAGCAGAAGCUAAAUCUGCUGUUUCAGAGAAAGUUGAGGACUGUUUCCCAGACAGUAGCUGUGAAACCGAACAUUUAAUGAUAUUAAGGCGUUUAGCGCUGAAGCUGCUAAAACAGACCAGCCGAGCACUCAUUCUCCCACAAUGCUUCACUCUAUAGUGCCUAGCAGUAAAAAAAAAGAAGAAAAAAAACAAAAACAAAUUUGUUACUUGUACAAUGUCGUACUGUACGUGUGUGUGUGAGUGUACGCUGCUGUGUGAGCCUCAGAAAGUGCUUCAAACCACACUGGCAAUUUAUAUCGGGCAACUUUGUUGGUCAACAUGUAACUUUGUUCUCGCAGCUGCUAGUUCCAUUUAUUUUCUUUCAGACAGAAACCUGUAACUGACCCCCCCGACCCCAGUCGUGCUGUAUAAUGGCACAUGAAGAUGUAACACAAGCUUUAUUUUUGUAUAUAGCAUACACCGAUGUAGUUUUAAGCUGUGUUUAUUCAUGUUUGUUUACGAUGAUGAAAAAUGUCUUCAGAGGUGAAGUUAGGACAAUGCAGAUCAUUAGCCUUUAAAGUUUCUGGCUUACAGAUAUAUCGUUAGUAAACAGUUAAUAACACGCUUAUUAUAAAUGAUAAAUCAGGGGACUUGAAGUAAAGUAACCUAAAUGUUCAUCAAAGUGGAUAAAGCGCAAAAAAGCAAAUAUUUAAACUGCCUGUGAAGUAUAACUUUAAUGUAUUGCUAAUGUGGAAACAUUAGUAUUAAUCCAAAUGUUAACAUAAGACAUAUGAGCUUUAUCUCAUGUAUGAGACGGUCAGACUGUAGUUUAAAGCUAGCAGACUCACUAACACAAACGAUUAACUGCCAAAUUAGCGCCAGCUAGAGUACGAAGCACAAAUGUAGCACAGUAUAGAGCGUUUAAUGAUGUGUUUUCAUAGCGUUAGCACUAAGCUACAUUAGCUUUUGCUGUGUAUUUACAAGCCGUUUAGGUCCAACUGUUCAACAGUAACAGUUUUCACACCGUAGCUGAACUAGAAGGAGGAAAAAAUAUAUUAAGACUUCAUUAAAACUCACAACAGACGGUUUGUUUGCAGUUUACGUGUCUUGACGGCGUUUUUUUUAGAUGACUCUUCAAACACGGAGAGGGAAAAAAAAAAGGUUGAAUUGUCUUUGUUGCAGUACUCCGAGUGAUCACUGGGGUGUUGCCUCUAUUUACAUACACAUGUUUACCACAUUUAUGCUUUAAGCUAACUGCCUCACACUGAAUUCACUGAAAUAUUAAUGGUAACUGUUUUUGUUUGUUUUGUUUGCCUCAUAUGUGUGACAAAAAUACUCACACAGACAGCAAAGAAGCAUCAAUACAACAGAGGAAAACCCUAACUCAUACUGAGGCCUAGAGACCCUCAGCAACCUCUGGUCACAGGGGGAAACAUGUAGUCCUCAAUCGGUUGGCAAGUGGUUGCUAGCUGUUGCCGGGUGAAAUCAGUCACAACAAAGGUGAACCACCAAAAAUCUCCAUGUGAUGCUUGGUUGUUAGCAGUUUGCAGUGACUCCUCCUAAUUUGUCUGGAAGACAUCUUCUCAUUUUUCCCUGCACACAGUGGUUGCUCGGUGGUUGCCAACCAGUCUCUAGGCCUUGUGACUGGAGCCUUAGACUUCUGGGGGAUCUGGGAGAUCUGGUGGAGCAUGCAGGUGGUGAUUCCUGUUUUUCUCCACCAGAGGCUCCAAAAGGCUGAAUGCUGGUCAUGAUACACCCUGCAGUUAUCUGGGCUUUUGUUUCAGAAAGCAGGUUUAGUGAAAACUCUGAGUUUGUCAAACCUGACAUGUAAGUUUAAAACAAAGGUGGAAAUGUUUCUUGGAGGCUGUGAAUUUGUUUCACUUGGCGAGAUCAACAUUUUAGCACUUCUCCCCAUUUCGACUCCCUGUGAACCCAGUGGAAGAGUUGCCCAACGAAUUGCCCCGUUGACCUUCUGUGCUGAGGUCGGACUCACAUCCAGAACAUUCCAAGUUGCUGCUGCUGAUGUUGUUUUGUGUGUUUGGUUUUUUAAGAGUAUUUUUCUACAGCGUUUUGUAUGUCAUGCUUCUUACACAGGGCUGUUAGUGUGUGUGUGUGUGUGUGUGUGAGCACACAGUCACAUGUACGGACUGUGUGUUUGUUUCUUCCUGAUUUAGCUGUUAUGACUUUGUUAUCAUGAUGAUGAUGAUGAUGAUGAGUAAUGUUUGAUUAUAUGGAUUCAAAUGCUUUAUGGACAGACUGUAGCCUUUAAUGUUUGUGUAAACAGUGAAUAUUUGGUUUAUAUCAUCUUGUAUCACACUAAUAAACUUAUACACACACUC